AUGCUGGAGCAUGCAGCACCAAAUUGGAACUCACAACUGGUCAAGCACGUCAAGAAAUUAGAGAAAAUGCUAAGAAUCAGUGGCAUGGAGAUAGGUAUAUCAAGAAAGUGGGCAGCAUCAAGUGACCAGGCGCUGGUUGUUGAGCUCUGGAUGAAGGGCAUGUCAGAGAAGGAAAUAUCUGAUAAACACAAAAUUAGCGUCUCCACUGUGUACAGGUGGAUACAAAAACGCCUGAAUGAGGGUGUUGAGGCCGGCGUGGUGGUGGAGGCAGAGUCAGUGUUUUCACAAGACCAGGUAGCACAGAAGAACCUCCUCCAGAAUUUAUGGAGUCAUACCACAACAACCUGUACGACACUCAUUCUUGAUCUCACCUCAGUAAACAUCACCAACCUCGUGUUCAGAAUCGUAGAAGCAUCAGGGUUAUGGAAGCUACCACAGACUCGGGUUAUGAUUGUGGGAGGAAGAGCAGGAGUGAAGGAGGUUCUCUUACACCACAGCCUCCGCAACACCAUCCACGCCAUCUACUUGGCAGUCCACACCAGCGCUCUACUUAACUUAAGUUUCCGUGCAUUACAACGGCACCGCUACUCAUACCUCCAGGAAAAGGUCACUUGGGAAGUACCAACCUGCUGUGAAGUGCUCGUUUACCGACGAUGUCUCUUCUGCAACAACGGGGAAGCUGGGAUCAAGGUAAUAAACAAAGUGAACUUCUCUAUGAUGUCCCACCUGGAAGACACCCAAUUUAUUGAUGAAUCUCACAAUUUCAUGGGUCACAGGAUGAGAUUUGCAGUCAUUCGAUAUUUCCCAUACUCGGACUACACACCGUUGACUGAGGAGGCAGGAAGCCUAGUCCUGUUCCGAGACUGUGUUGAUGCAAGACUGGUGAUGGUUCUGUCCUCUCUGCUCAAUGUCAGUAUGGAGAUUCGUGAGGUUCCUGAACGUUCGUGGGGCACUGAAAACAACGGCAUAUUUAAUGGAAUGUUGGGAUACUUCCAGCAGGAGGAGAUCGACAUUGGUGGACCUCUUGGAUCAACAGAAGAGAGAAUGAAAGUUGUGGAGUUUGCUGGUGCAUACCAAGCUGAUGUGAUAAGCUUAGUGUCUUUACAGCCAACACCCCUGCCACAACACAUGUCAAUAAUAAGACCUUUUACUGGUAGUCUGUGGUUGGCAUUACUGGUGAGCAUGGUGGCACUGAGCGUGAUCCUGUGGCUCCUUCAUGGUGCACGCAGGAAGGUGACAGGAAUGCGUGGAGUGAAGCUUGACACCAUUCUUUUGUACAGCUGGGGUGCGCUUAUCAACCAGUCACCUAACAACCGAUCCCUCAGCAAAUCAGGAAGAAUUGUGGCUGAAAAUGAGGCUCUCACAAUGGUAAAAGAGGGAAGUUACACUCUAUUGUCACCCAAGUACUACAUCAAGGUUGUUAUUGAGUCUUUCUUCACGGACAACUACGGUCAAACACUAUACUACAUCACCAAUGAUGGAAUUCAUGUCGUAGCCGACUUUGGAUGGGGAUUUAGGAAAGGCGCUCCAUUUUACGGGCAUUUUAGGAAGUUGAUGCUUCACUUAAAAGAGGCUGGUAUUGUUGAUCAAUGGACUAAUGAGGUGAUAGCCAGGCGAGUAAGAAAAAACAGAGGAGGUACAUGGCUCAGCCCUCGGGAGUCCCCUGGAAGUGUACAGAAAGUGGAUAAGAUGGAGGUGUUGCGUCUAUAUCACCUGCAAGGUGCCUUCUAUUUAUUAUUUCUGGGUUAUGUCAUUGCUUCUGUUGCGCUGCUGCGAGAAAAUGUUUACAAAUGCCUUACACCAUUUUAG